GGCGGCCCUGUGCCCUUGGGCUCAGCCGCAACCCGGGAACUGGGUAGCGGGAGGCGGGGGCAGAGGCAGACCACGCUCGGCAGUAGUUCGUUACUCAGGCGGCAUGGCGGCUCUGGGCUCUACCAAGCUCUUGCUGGCCGCGUCGGCGGCGUUCGGGGCUGCAUCCCGACGUUGUUUCCUUCUUGCCGGAUCCCGAGCGGGAGCCGGGAGGCCGGGUUGGCACGGGUUGCCGAACCAGGGGAGCGCCGCCUGCUCGGGGGCGAGUCGGCGCUUCAGCUUGUCGGUCCCGAGCCGGCGCAGCUCAGAAGAUAAAAUAACCAUUCAUUUUAUAAACCGUGAUGGUGACAAAUUAACCACCCAAGGAAAAGUUGGUGACAGCCUACUAGAUGUUGUUGUUAAUAAUAAUCUAGACAUUGAUGGGUUUGGUGCCUGUGAAGGAACAUUGGCUUGUUCCACCUGUCACCUUGUCUUUGAAGGCCACAUAUUUGAAAAGUUAGAAGCAAUUACUGAUGAGGAGAAUGACAUGCUUGAUCUCGCCUAUGGACUAACAGACACAUCACGCUUGGGCUGCCAAAUCUAUUUAACAAAGUCUAUGAACAAUAUGACUGUCCGAGUACCUGAAGCAGUUGCUGAUGCUAGGCAAUCCAUAGAUCUGGGCAAGAAUUCAUAAAAUGCAGUCAAUAAGAACAUUUUCAUGGAAUUUACCUAGAUUUUUGUAAUUAUAGUGUAUGUAAUUAAAUGAGAACUUGCCAAGUAGAAUUUAUUGUUAUUCCUAACUUUGAUAUUUUAAUUUACUUUAUAAAACUACUGUAUUUUGUAAUUCUUAAAAAUUAUGCAGCCUUUUAUUUUGGUUAAAUUUCAAAUUGUUAUAAAAAUUCACAUAAUAUUACCUUAUAUUUGUGUAGUGUUUUCAACUUUUUAUAUUACCUCAUUGUAUACCCAUUAUACCCUAAGAAGUAGGUAAGUCAGGUGGUAUUAUAAACUAGUUGGAAAGUACUCAAUCACAGAACACUUGUGAUAUGCCCAACAUAGCUAGUUACACAGCUGACAUAAGAACAUAGGUCUUUUGACUCCUUGAUUUUUUUUUAAUAGACUCUUCAUUAUCAAAUUAGAAUAAAAUAGGAGAAACUAUAAAUUUUCUAUUAAGAAUUAUAUGUGUAUUGAUGCAGAAAAAUACAUAAUUGCUCAGUGAGCAAUUUUAUUUUCUGAAUGUGUUAGAAUAGAUGUAAUGAUAAUUGUCUGCCUCUUAAUAUGACCUUUUAGAAUAUAAACAUUUAGGAUAAUUUGAACAUAGGUGCUAUUAUGUCCUAUGACAAAUCUGGUUUUGAUACUAAAAAGGCUAGAAGAAUACUUUAAAGAAAAUUGAAAUUCUUGAUUUUUUUCUAAGCAAAGUAAUGUGAAUAUUUGUAAUCUUUCCUAAGUGUUUUUUGCUUUGUAAUACUCCUUAAAAAUAGGAUGGAAUCUUUUUAAAGUUCAACCUUUUUUCUGUAGAACCAGAGAAGGGGAAAAAAAGCAGUAAUUUUCAUGGGCAUUGCAAUAUGUCAGUUGUAUAUAGAAGCAAGUUGGAAUUUUCAAUUUUCUUCAUAGUAAAUAAGUAGUAGUAGAUUAUACAAUAUAGCUUUUGAAACUAGAAUAAAAUUUUAUGAAUCUGGAAUAAUUGAGGAAAAUUAACUUCAGUUAAUUAAAUUAAAUUAAAUUAAAUUAACAAUGGUUUUAAAGAAAUACAGGAUUAUUACCUUAGGCCACAUGUGGCAACGUGAACUAUUAUUGCUUAACAACAUUAUUUCCUUAUCUAUUUAAUAUAUAAAAAUAUGUUGCUAUAUUGUUGACAUAUGAAUGAUGCAUUUAAAGAACUUUAAAAAAAAAACUUUAAUUAUGUUAAACAUUCCUCUCCUAGCCUUGCUUAUUCUAUUGAUUUGUUUAGCAAUCUCUUCUCUGUCAUAGUCUUGAAAUGAACUUAAGUGUAAAUAGUAGUUAAAUUUAUUACAUGUUCCAAAUUAAUAGGAUCCAAAUUUAAAAUGUUUUAUUGUAUUUUUUUGAGAAUCAGAGAAUUGAAGAAUUGGGGAGAACCUGCAAGGUAACCUUGUUUAACCCUUAUUUCUGAAUCAUGAACUGCUUCUUAUUUGAUGCUUGGAGACUUACAGUGAUUAAGAACUUAUUGUUUAGCAAGCAUUUUUUGAUACCUCUACUUGUUGAGAAGUACUUCUUUAUUUUUAGCUAAAACCAUCCUUUUCAACUUCCAGGGCUAAACAAAACAGAAUCCUUUACUGGUUUUCAUAAAAAUCAUAGCACUCCAUUUCAAAAGUUUGAGGUUUACAUUUAUAGGGAUAAAUUAACUUUUAAAGAGCUUAACUUUGGGGUUUUUCAUCCACAUCUGAAAAAAAUCUGAUUUUUUUUUCCCAUUAUCAUUGUUCUUCUGGGCUAGUUAAUUAGCCUUUUUCCACCCAUUCAUUUUAACAUUUUGAAAGAUCAUUUGUUGUAGUGGUUUAUUUUGGUUUAGUAGAGAAUAUUUAGUUUUAAUUUGUAGUUUCUAACAUUUCUUCUAUUGCUAGCACAGUACUAUUGAUUUAAAUGGCAAGGACUGGUCAGAAAUCUACUUCAAUUCUAUGCAACCUUAAAGUUAUAUUUCCUGGCCACUGCUCACUUAAAAGCACAUUUCAUAUUCUAUGAAAUUCUGCCAAAUUUAAGACCCACUGUUUCCUUUGCAUACAAUAAUACAUUUAGCAAACACAACAUAGGUUUUUUUUAAAAAUACUGUAUAUAUUUGGUCCAGUUCAAACCACACAAUGAUUAGAUUUCAUUGUAAUGAUAUGGACUAAUUUUUCUGCUCCAAGUAACAAUGCUCCUUCUACUGUAGCUUUAUCACUAUCUCAUAGUGGAGAGAGGUUAAACCUGGGAAUUAGAAAGUCUUGCCUUGGAAACAUACUGUGUGUAUGAUCGUUAGCAAAUUAAUUUCACAAGUGCCUUCAUAACUCAAUAAGCCUAUAAAUCAUAUGCAAUUUAUCAAUCUAUUUCCUCUUUUUUUAUUUUUGAGCUGGAGUGGCCUGUAUGGUCCUUCUAAGUACUUAAAUCUGUUAUGAAUCUGCAGUUUGAGUUAGUGAAGAGAGUUUAUACACUGGGAGUUUUUUAAACCAAUAAAAUCACUAAUAAAUGCAAAAGUAUUUAUUUUAA